CAAAGAGACGAUUGACUGGAUCUUCGAGCAUCGUCGACACAUCCUCGCGGCCAAUUGGCACUCCUGCAUUAUGUCGUACAUUUCAAGAACACUAGGCAAUCUGCGGAAGAUUGGCCUGAAGGAAUACUGGCACCAAAUCAACUACAUCGGCGAUACCAAGGCCGGAACCCUGGUCGGCGUCGACAAGUUCGGCAACAAGUUCUACGAGAACAACGAUGAGCUACCGCUCCGCACCCGAUGGGUCGACUAUGUGAAGCACGACUUCGAUGCUUCGCACAUAGAGCCCAUGUGGCACAUGUGGAUCUCCUACGGCGUCGACCAGCCGCCGACGCAGGACCCGCUGACGGCGACGAACCGCUCGUGGGCCUCCCCGCGCCACAUCCCGAACCCCACCUUCUCGCGCGGCGCCUUCAAGACGUACAGCACGACCAAGCCCAAGAUUUCGUCGUGGGAGCCGGUCGCGGCCCCGAGGCAAUGAGUUUGCGUGUCAAGGGGGGAGGGAGGAGGAGCACCAUGUAUAUAGGCUGAUGGCGAUUAAUAGACUGCGCAUUGGAGAGGAAGGCCACUUGCCGUCUAGUUCCAAGCUUGCCUGGGAUUUCGUGAACCUGAUUACAGGCCAAACUUUGGGUGAUAAUACUCAACAAUUGUCUACGAUACCAGUUGGCCUAGCCGAAACGUGCUACAAAUAUCCGUGGCUCAGGACUCUCCUGGCUAGGUUUGUGCAGAGUUGAUGAAUAGUCUAUCGGCACUUUCAUAUGUAAUCUGCUUUCCUGGUCUUGUAAGUCAUUCUGUGGUUCGCGCAGGGGAAAAUAGUAGAGGAC